ACAAGCGCAAUGUGGUCCAUACUCUAAACAUACGCUGUCGGGAAAGAGAUGCAUGUCGAGCCUGCGCUCGAAAUACUUUUAGUGUCUGGGAAGAGGCGCCCAAAUAUCUCACGCAACAAGAAAGAAUACAGUUAAAAUCAAGUGUACAAAUGGAAGCCGAAUAAAUGCUGUGAAGAACUUAACCUGGAUCUGACAUCUUGGGACAGCAUCUUGCACGGAAGAAAUCACUGACAGUCGUGCUGCCGAUGCAAUUUCCCAAGGAAGCUUUGGAAGGGACAUUAAAAUCGGCAGCUCUCCGCUGCGAGUCAGCUGGAGCUCCAACCAAAAUGUGUAGCGAAUGCUAUACCAACCAGACGUUUGUUUACGAUGAUGGGACCGCGCACGAACACACAGCCAGGCCCUCACUUGAGACGGUGCAGAAAAACAACAGCAGCAACACUGGCAUCAUACUGGACAUCUCCACGCUGAAGAUGGCUGAGGUGGAUUCCGAGGUGCCCCCCCUCCCUCCUCGGUAUCGAUUUCGGGAUUUACUCCUAGGAGACCAGUCCUUCCAAAAUGACGACAGGGUGCAGGUGGAGUUUUACGUGAAUGAGAACACCUUUAAGGAGAGGCUGAAACUCUUCUUCAUCAAGAACCAAAGAUCAAGUCUCAGAAUCCGGAUCUUCAACUUUUGCCUGAAGCUGCUGUCGUGUCUCCUCUAUAUUGUGAGGGUCAUGGAUGAACCUGAAGCCGAGAGUGUGGACUCCAGUGUGGGCUCUCAGAGGAACAACACAGACUUUGAAAAGAUCAGCUGGGACAAGAUAUUUUGGGUGAACCGCAGGCUGCCGGUUUGGGCCAUACAGGUGAUCGUGGCCAUUAUCAGUUUCCUUGAGACGAUGCUUUUGACGUAUCUUAGCUACAAGGGGAACAUUUGGGAACAAAUCUUCCAGGUGUCCUUUGUCCUCGAGAUGAUCAACACAGUGCCCUUCAUCAUCACGGUAUUUUUGCGUGAUCUGAGAAGUAUUUUUAUCCCGGUGUUCCUCAACUGCUGGCUGGCUAAGAGUGCGUUAGAGAACAUGAUAAAUGAUCUGCAUCGAGCUAUACAGAGAACACAUUCUGCCAUGUUCAACCAGGUCCUCAUCCUCAUUUGUACUCUGCUUUGCCUCGUUUUUACUGGGACGUGUGGGAUCCAGCAUCUGGAGAGGGCAGGGAAGAAUCUCUCUCUGUUCAAGUCGCUGUAUUUCUGCAUCGUCACCUUCUCUACGGUGGGAUAUGGAGAUGUCACCCCUCGGAUCUGGCCGUCCCAGUUGCUGGUGGUCAUCAUGAUCUGUGUGGCUCUAGUAGUGCUCCCCCUACAGUUUGAGGAGCUCAUGUACCUCUGGAUGGAGAGGCAAAAGUCUGGGGGAAACUACAGCCGACAUCGCGCUCAGACGGAGAAGCACGUGGUGCUGUGUGUCAGCGCGCUCAAGAUCGACCUGCUCAUGGACUUCCUGAACGAGUUCUACGCUCACCCCAGAAUUCAGGAUUACUACGUUGUGAUCCUCUGUCCUACAGAGAUGGACAUUCAAGUACGCCGCAUUCUUCAAAUCCCACUCUGGUCGCAGAGAGUUAUCUACCUUCAGGGUUCUGUGUUAAAGGACCAAGAUCUAUUGAGGGCCAAGAUGGAUGAUGCUGAAGCCUGUUUCAUACUGAGUAGCAGAAAUGAAGUGGACCGCACGGCUGCAGAUCACCAGACCAUUCUGAGGGCUUGGGCUGUAAAGGACUUUGCCCCAAACUGCCCUCUCUACGUCCAGAUCCUCAAACCAGAGAACAAAUUUCAUGUGAAGUUUGCUGAUCAUGUGGUCUGUGAGGAGGAGUUCAAGUACGCUAUGUUGGCUCUGAACUGUGUGUGUCCAGCCACAUCCACACUGGUCACACUCCUAGUCCACACGUCCCGUGGACAGGAAGGCCAGCAAUCCCCAGAGCAGUGGCAAAGGAUGUACGGCCGUUGCUCGGGUAACGAGGUCUACCACAUCCGCCUCGGAGACAGCAAGUUCUUCGGCGAGUACGAUGGAAAGAGCUUCACUUAUGCUUCCUUCCAUGCCCACAAAAAGUAUGGAGUCUGUCUGAUUGGGGUCAAAAGAGAAGAUAACAAGAGCAUCCUGCUGAACCCAGGGCCCCGACACAUAAUGGCCGUCUCAGACACCUGCUACUACAUCAACAUCACCAAGGAGGAGAACUCCGCCUUCAUUUUCAAGCAAGAGGAGAAGCACAAGAGGAAAGGUCUACCUCCAGGUGGUCUCUAUGACGCCCCUUCCAGUCUCCCAGUCCACAGCAUCAUCGCCAGUAUGGUGGAUCAGUCCACUUCUUAUGGGACCGUUGCCAUGGACCUCCAGAACACGAACCCGCCCGACAGCAGCAGCAGCAAGCUGGCCCUCCCUGCCGAGAACGGGUCCGGUAGCCGUCGGCCCAGCAUCGCACCGGUCCUGGAGAUUGCAGACUCUGCUGCGAUCCUGCCGUGUGACCUACUCGGGGACCAAUCGGAGGAUGAGACAACCCAGUCUGAUGACGAAGGCUCCCUGGGCUCUGAGUAUGUCAAAGGGUACCCCCCCAAUUCCCCCUACAUCGGGAGUUCCCCCACCCUGUGCCACCUGCUGCUCUGCAAAGCCCCGUUCUGCUGCCUUAGGUUGGACAAGGGCUGCAAGCACAAUAGUUUUGAAGAUGCCAAAGCCUAUGGCUUUAAGAACAAGCUGAUCAUCGUGUCCGCCGAGACGGCAGGGAAUGGACUGUACAACUUCAUUGUCCCCCUCCGCGCUUACUACCGGCCCAGGAAGGAGCUCAACCCCAUCGUCCUGCUCCUGGACAACCCGCCAGAUAAUCACUUCCUGGAAGCCAUCUGCUGUUUUCCAAUGGUUUACUUCAUGGCGGGAACCAUUGACAACCUGGAUAACCUGCUCCAGUGUGGCAUCAUCUACGCCGACAACCUGGUGGUGGUGGACAAGGAGAGCACCAUGAGUGCCGAGGAAGACUAUAUGGCAGACGCCAAGACCAUCGUCAACGUGCAGACCAUGUUCAGGUCCAGGCUGGGCACAGCAGCCAGGGAGUCGACAGGCGUGACGAAAGGCAGCAAAAACAAAAUUAUCUUCCCACUGUUCCCCAGCCUCAGCAUCAUCACUGAGCUCACGCACCCCUCCAACAUGCGCUUCAUGCAGUUCCGUGCCAAGGACUGCUACUCCCUGGCUCUAUCCAGGCUGGAGAAGAAAGAGCGUGACAAGGGCUCGAACCUGGCCUUCAUGUUCCGGCUGCCGUUCGCCGCAGGCCGGGUGUUCAGCAUCAGCAUGCUCGACACGCUGCUCUACCAGUCCUUUGUGAAAGACUACAUGAUCCCAAUUGCACGGCUGCUCUUAGGCCUGGAUACCACACCUGGCUCAGGAUACCUGUGUGCUAUGAAAAUUUCAGAAGAGGAUCUCUGGAUCCGAACAUACGGACGGCUGUUUCAGAAGCUUUGCUCCUCCAGCGCAGAGAUCCCCAUCGGGAUCUACCGGACUGAGUCGCAUAUAUUCUCCUCCUCAGAGGUGUCCAUUAACGUGGACGAGCGUGAGGAUGCCAAGGAGCGGCACGAGUCCUGGAAGGAGAAGGGCACCCACCGGAACUCGACGGGCAGCGACCAGUCGGAGCACCCUCUGCUGCGGAAGAAGAGCAUGCAGUGGGCGCGGCGCCUGAGCCGCAGGAAUCCCAAGCCGGGGAGCCGUGCCGAGCGCAUCACGCAGCAGCGGCUCAACCUGUACCGGCGCUCGGAGCGGCAGGAGCUCUCUGAGCUGGUCAAGAACCGUAUGAAGCACCUGGGGCUGCCCACCAACGGAUACGAGGAUGUAGCUAAUUUAACUGCAAGCGAUGUGAUGAAUCGGGUAAACCUAGGAUAUUUGCAAGUGGCGCACACAGAUGAGAUGAACGACAACCAGAACACGUUGUCCUAUGUACUGAUUAACCCCUCGCCAGACACCAGGCUGGAGCUCAAUGACAUUGUGUACCUGAUCCGCCCGGACCCGCUGGCACACGUACCUGGCGAGUCGGCCCCACCCUCAACCAAGACCAACGUGCGCAUGAAGCAAGAGCUUGGGAUGGAGACCAAAGACGAGACCCAACUCUGAGCGGCCCGCCCCACCUCAACAACCAACAAACCCCCACAACUCACUUUCCUGACGGGCCCAGUCUGAAACUAACAAGCUGCUGGACGCAGAGAGACGGUGUGCUUGCUCUAGAUGUGCAUGGUUUACACAGAUGUCUGGCUGGGUGCCCCGUGCUGGGGCAGGUGAGCCCUCUCUUUGGGGGGGGGGGGGGCAACACAAAGAAUAAGGGCACAUUCAGGGAUCAGGCUUUUCCUAGAGCCUGGGAACAUUCUUUCAUUCCUCCAUUGAAAAUGGUUCUAGUGUUAUCCAUCUCCCGGGAAAUCAAAACCCAAACACACGAUAUUUGCUUUGCAUAGACGGGGCAGUGUCAGUUGGACCAAUCUGCUGAAAAAAAUACUUUUUUUUAGUUAUUCUUCUCCAUGCCAGUAGAAAUGUUUUUAUUUAUUUAUUUUUUUAGCGCUUAGUCAAAAUCAGCUUGUUCAUGCAGCUAUAGACUUUUACUGAAGCAAUUAAUGUGUUUACCUUGCAAGACCCCUCGUCAGACACUAUUUUCUUCAUAAGACAUUGUUAUAGUUCUGUAAUAUAACAUUUUACUGUAUUUGUUUGGCUUUUAGUUAGCACUUUUUUAACAGUGAGAUGCACUCUUUUUGCAGUGGUGAGGAGAACCAUGCGAUUUGGGGAUGGGGAGGGAGAGGAACAUUUUACUGGGAUUUUGUUUUCAGGACCAACAGAGAAUGGACAGAAGUGUCAGAGGGAGUCAGGGAUGAAAGGAAUCAAGGGCGUGGAAGCUGUAGGGACAGCGUCCAGCUGGUGCUCCAAUGAGAACGAAACCAUCAAUAAUCGUAGCGCAUGGGGUAGGCAGUAACCCCAAAACCCUCGGCCCCCAUCUCUUCAUCACAAAAUAAUGAUACCACCCCCGGCCCCAUAAACAACUCCAUUAUCAUUAGGGCCACUGCAAGUGCAAAAAAUACAUUUAUUUGCAAAGUGUGACACAGUCUUAUUCUGUAAACCCCCUACCGUUCAGUUUUGAGCAGUAUUCUCACAUGAUUCCUUUGAUGCUGUAACCUGCUCUUCUGUUGCCGUUCCCGUGGAUCCCGGAGGAUGCUACGCGGGGCAUUACCCAUCCGCUCUCCUGCAGCCCCAACUCAGGGUUCUUCUUGGACAGCUCUGUGUCAAGGACAGAGGUUGUGGGAAAGUGGUAUGUUAGUAUCUGGUCAUUUUAACCGGGUGGUUUGGAAUCGGUGUUCUGCAAAGCAGGUUUUUGUAGCAUUGUUGGAUCUUUUAUGUUACUUCUGAUGCUGUAUUAACAUUUUUAAAUGCAGAAAUUCGAGAUUCACUUUGCAUAUCACAAUAUGCAUAUUGUAAUAUCCAGUGGCUUGUCAUAUACUUAAAUGACGGCACGCUGACAUCCACUAUUACAGAGAAACGGCUCCUUUUCUGUUUGAGUUUGCCACCCGUGAUUCCUUCACGCCGGACGUUGUUCCGGGAACGGAUGCCGAAGCCAAAAGGGACGCGAAGCCAAGUGAACUCUGUACAAAUGGGGAAAAUGUUUACUAAUGUGCCCUGACGGGAAGUUUAAGAACAUUUACGUGGAAUUCUUUCCCUCCUCCACUGUGUAGGAACACCACCAAAUGGCACUGAAUCGCUUACAAAUCGUGCAAUUUCAGUAUUAGGUUGUUUUUCUUUAUGUUGUGGCUUCACCUGUUAUCUGUGCAAUAUUUUGAUGCUAUACUUCUUCACUGCACAUUUUGGUGGUAUAAGUCUUACCCCCUUCAUCCAGAAGGAAACAGGAUAUAGGAUGUAAGUACGACGAUAUUGCUGCUGUAAAACACUGUAAAAAAGAAACAUGUUCUAUCAGAACAUAGUUUACAUGAAUUAAAUUAGAGUAACAUACAGUGGAAUGGUUUGUUUGAUAUACUACAUUUGACAGUUUUACAUUUAUUAAAGAAUUACUGUAAUUGUAUACAUUUGUAUUUUGCAAUGGUAAAAUAGUUGAUGUAACAUAUGUAGGUAAAUGCUUGCAGAGAGGGGCUUCUUCUGGAGGUUUCUGUGGCUGUAACUGGGCCCAGUCUAACCAGAUAAUGAAAGCCUCACAAGAAACUAGGAAAUCGGAUCAGACUUACAGAUAAUUUACAGUGACACGGAUGUUUACAUACGUUCAAACAUUCAGUUUUCUGACAAUUAUACCUCACUUUAUGCCUGUCACUGUUGAAAAGUCGAUUUGAGGAAUUGCCUGGUGUGUUAUAGAGAGGAAUUAUGAAGGUAAAAUUGUCCAUUACGAUUGCUGUAUUAAAUGACGAACACUCUGAUUUCUCUAACGAUCCUAAGUGUUGAGAGUAGCACUUGUUGGAUAAUAGCUACAGGAUUAUCCGGUAAACAAACAUGGCUAAGAAGGUGCCAAGUCAGGAUGAAUUUGAUUUUGAGAUCUGAAGUUUAUAUCAUGUUAAUAUGUUUAUAGAGUACUGUUUUCCCCCCAUUUUUAAUUGUUUGUAUUUCUUUACUAUAGAAGAUAGGUAAAAGGUAGUUUUGCAGUAAUUGCAGUAAUCAUUCUAGAUUUUAUUGUAUUUAUUAAAUACUACCAUGUACGGUUGGAUUUGCUCUUACUGUGAUAUACUCAUUAUGUACUUUUUAAAAAGCAAAACCAGGUCCCAAAUCCACACUAAUCGAAACUCUCUCUAACAGGAAACAGCCCAAUGCACGCACAGCUCUAAUUUCAAUAAGCUACUUAUGUUUAUGCGGGUUUCGGAAGAACACUUCUGCAUUUCUGCUUAAGCAAAGUUUAUCUUUCCUUUAUUUAACCUGAAUGAAUUAUCCUACAUUAUAAUCAACUUAUUUGUUUUCGGUGGCAUUGUCACACAUGUGAUAAGAAUGUCGUUUAAUUGUUUAUUGACUCCAGUGCAUUUUAUUUAAAACACAAACGGUUCGCCUAGAGUGAAAUGAGAAAUUGCGACUUUUAUGCCAAACAAAUGGCACUAGAUAAUAGAUAAAUCCAUUUGAACCCACUAAGCCUAAACUUUUUCAUACAGAAUUCAUCCCAUAGGGUCAUUCAUUGUAAAUACCACAAUUCCGAAUUGUACUAAAAACAGAAAUAUAUUUUGCUAUAUGUUGCAUGAAGGAGCAAAUAACUCUUUUGUUCUCCAUGAAAUGGGUAUAAUCACACGUGAUUUAGUCAAAACGAUGGCAGCUGCCAAAACUGGACAAAAAUGAACGAGGUGCCUGAUCAGUUUGCCAGUUUGCUUAGAAACACCCUGAUUACACAUGUUCAUUGUAGAUCAUUUUCUCUCAUGCCCGGAUUAUAUUGACCAUUUCCACGACUACUAAAUUUGUAGAAAUGGACACAUAGCUAAAUUAUAUUAAGGAAUGGAAAGUAUAGUCAUCUCCUUGAUUUCAUGAUGCAUCUAAAGUUUUUUUCCCUUCAAUAAGCAUACGUAUCAUAUUUACCGAGAAUGCAUGCACAUCUCAUAUGUAUAUUUCACUACCGUAUUAAUAAAAAGAAUAAAGUUCAAUAAAUAUACCGCAUGUGACAUAGCUGUAUACUUCAUCAUGGGACUGGAGGUCCAGUGUGCAUGAGAGCCAUUUCCCUGCAUUUUACAUUAUUGUCAUCUGAAGCACAAAUAUCUUUCCCUUUAGUGGUGGUAAAUGAAAAUAGAGGAACAUGGGCUGUGUGACAGAGGAAUGACCCCCCCCUGCAUCAGCUGCUGCAGAGUCUGCUUAUAUCAGGCAUACCUCAGCUCUGAGCUGCUUUAGAAAGAGAAGUUAUUUGGCCAGAAGGUGGGGCUUCUGUUCCAUUUACCCCUGAAAGGGAAUCUCCCUUCCACAUUAUAAAUUUGCCAAACCCAAAGGUACUAUUGCUCUCCUGCAACCCUCACAUGUAACACCUCCAUGUCACGUCUCUCCAUGUCUUUGUUCCUUUACGUGACUUUCCGAAUGAAAUCUGACAAGUCUCGACAGCUCGGAAAUCUGUGCUGAAGAUUUUUCUCGUAGGAGUGUUUGUAAUUAUAAAUGCAUAAAAUAAACUUU